UCCUGCUGCAAUUACAAACUCUUGUGCUCACUUCUAGAAGUUCUUGUGAUGACUUGUAGGAGAAACAGUAUCCCUUUGGGUGUUGCUGAACCAACCCCCCCGUGGUCCCAGCCAACCUGGGAGCUAUAGAAAUCCACUCUCAGAUUUCAAAGUUGUGACGGAAACAGAGAUGAGCAUUGGAAGAAGCAUUUAAAACCGUCAAAUCCAACCCUUUGCUCAAUGCAGCAAAUCAAAACAGCCCCCACCAAAUCCCUAAUAAAUGUUUAUUUUCAGUCUUGAGAGAGUCAUGGAUUCUGAUCUUUCUUCUCCAUCCAUUUUCUUCCUCGAAUUUAGGCUGUCCCAUUAAAGAAGGACAUGCCCCUGCAAAUAACAGCCCAGGAUCUUCUAAAUGUGAAACUGAAGAAGACUCACAGCGAGCCAGCGAUGGACAAGAAAAGGUCACCAUCCCAGCGGCGCAAGGCAUUAAUUACCCUCAAGGAUCUGCAGAGCAUCCGUCUCCAGUCCAAGGCCCCCCAACCCCUUCCUCGCGUUACAAAUCUUUUCAACACUCCCAGCAAAGAUGGUUUAGAUUUCCGAAAACACUUGAAAAAAGUUGCUAUUAAGAGGAGUCCCGGGGGAACCCCAAUGAAUAACAAAGAAAAUAUUGAGACUGGUACAGGACUGACCCCAAUCAUGACUCAGGCUCUCCGGCGUAAAUUUCAGGCAAGGCCACCAAGGAACAUGUAUUGCUAAAACUGCUCAUGUUGCUUUCCGAGUAAAAUGGAUAAAUCUGUGCGCAAAAUGUUUUAGGCUCUGAACAGCCCUGCUUAGAAUUUUCCACUGAAAUGUUCUGAAUGGAUU